CUGGUAUCAGAAUCUUGAGCUUAAGCUGCUGGAAUGAGUAUUUGAGGCUUUGAUUGUGGAGAUCCAGUUGUAUCUCGCGUCGUCAUGGUCUCAAGAGUCAUUGUACUCGGCUACAGAUCCUCACCUCCAGUCGACCACCAGUCAUCAACAACAUCUCAAGCAGCUUCGAAUAGCUCAGACUCACAACAGACAUCACUACAUCCACAUCGAUGUCAAAGGGAAGCAUGAGCAAUGGAAUCGAAUCUUUGGAGCUAUGACGUCUUGCGGGGUCAUCAACGUCGAUGAUAUACUGGCUCCAUGAAAGUCCCAUACAAAACAUCAGGGACGAAGCACCCUCAUAAACUUCACAGAGCACCCCUCGUAACCCCAAAACACCAGCCAUCAGGCGACCAAACGCUACCACAAUCCACUCGGCACCCAAGCCCUCAAUCAAACAUCCACCCCACUCCACAAAAGACAAAUAACAAUAGCACUCAGCAUGCCACCAAAGCUUUCCCUCACACCCCUAUCCUCCCUAAGAACAUCAGCACACUACAUCCCCUCUUACUCCCUGCUGCCCAAUACCACCCCGCACGGCCACCCUCUCCUGACGUACCACUCCUGCUUCGCGCCCUCCACCACGCCCAGCAGCCUGGAGUCGCAUCUCGCCAGCAACGGGACAUCCCCCCAGUGGCGCUACACAAUGUACACAACCAGCCACUACCACAGUACAACGCACGAGAUCCUGUGUGUGAUCCGGGGCCGCGCGCGGCUGCUGUUCGGCGGCGAUGCGAAUCCCGGGCGCGUGGAGCAGGAUGUCAGCAUCGGGGACGUGAUGAUUGUGCCGGCGGGGGUCGCGCAUCGAUUGCUGGAGGAUGUGGAGGGGGGGUUUGAGAUGGUGGGGUCGUAUCCCAAGGGGUGCAGCUGGGAUAUGUGCUACGGCGAGGCGGGAGAGGGAGACAAGUCCGAGGCGGUUGGGAGGGUGGCAUGGUUCGAGAGGGAUCCGGUGUAUGGAGAUGAUGGGCCGGUGAUGUGGGGGAGGGAGAGGCUGGAGGAUGCGAACAGGGAAUUGUAGAUUUGAAGCCGGGAGGGUGCCAAGGUCCGUCGUCUUGCAGAAGAAAAUGCCUGGUCAGAGCAUUGUAUUUGAGGCGUGCUGGAGCUACAACACCGUUAUGGAACUAUCUACUUGGGCUCCCACAACCGUCACGACCUCCACGGUGGGCCUGAACGACACAGAAACAGCAUCAUGAUGCAAAGUCGCGAGAACGAGAACGGAAACGGUCAGUCUGGGCGAGGACAAAAGUACCAGCGCGCUUUGCGAGGCGGUAUCGGAGCAUCGGCUUGUAUGCGUCAUGCCUGCAGAGAAGAACGUAUCAGUCAAAGUAAGGAAAUGUGUGAUGACACAAGUGUGUAUGUAGAAUGAGAAUGCAGCAGAGGGUAGCAGGUUCUACCUAGCAACACGGU